CACUAAUUAAACAGAGGUCAGUUCAGACAAGGGGGUGGAGCAGGACGUUUUUACUCCGGAGAUAUAUGUAGAGCAGAACAAUUUUGCUCUGGGGGCGCUGAAUGCUGUGCAACUAAGUGAAGAGGAGAAUAUUAAUGCUCUAUUUUGUUGAAGAACGAAGAGCAAUCAUGUUAAGUUUGUUUACUCGUGGAACAGGAUUGUUCCUGGUUCUCCUGGUUCUCUUUAACACUUGUAUUGUUCUGGCUAAAGUAUGGCCUGAGGGAAACUCCGAAGAUAUUUUCCACAAUAGUUUGGAUACACCUCAACCUGAAUCUAAUCCGUCUCAGCAGUUUGGAGAGGAUGAGGAUCAAACCCUGCUGUUCCCUGGAUAUUCCGAUGUACCCGGAGCAGGGAUGGAUUAUCAGGUUCAGGACGAAGAACAUCUAGCUCCGGGUUCACAGAAUGGAACCUUUGCUCCGGGUUCACAGGACGGAACCUUUACUCCGGGUUCACAGGACGGAACCUUUGCUCCGGGUGCAGAUGGAACAAAGAAAUCAAUAUCAGACAAGACGGAUGAUGUUCGUACAAUUGUUUCUCCUGAUGCUGCGCUUGAAGAUUUAGAUAUUGGAAAUAGGUAAUACACUAAAAAGUCGUCUUCAUUAAACGCGGCAUUCAUUCAUUAGCCCAUGCCAUGGAUCAAUUCAAUCACUUUGCA